UUGUGGAAAAUUGAAUUCUCGUUAUUAUUUUGAACACAUAUACAUCAAGAUCUUAAGUUCAAUUCUUGGUCCCAAAGGAUCUGGGGUUAUUUGAGGUGUCUUGGCCCCAUUACUGCUAGGGUAUGUUGUGUUUUCUUAUAUGAGAUUUGUACUUGGCUUAGCACUGAACUAUGUAUUUAGUUUUUCUGUUGUUAAAGUUUUGAAGACUACUUCCUAAUCAUGCCUAUUGAAGCGAUAUUUAUUGCAUGCUUGUAUUAGUUGAGUUAGGAAUGAAGAGCUCAGUUCCAGUCAAACUGUUUCAUCAAAAUGAGCCUGCAUUUGUCCUGACAACUCGAUUAACUUAGCUAUUCCAAACAUUUCCUACACGCUGAAGAGCUCCAAAAGUUACUGAAACGGUAGAUAAGUAUGCACAUGCAUUUUAUUCCGACAGAAACUAAUUCUUAUUACUUUCUGGCCCAAGCUUCCAUUUUAUUUAUAUUUUUGUUCCAUGUAUGGGUGAUAAUGUGACCGGUUGUUCAGACUGUCAUGUACAAUUAUUUUCCAGCCCUCUAGAGUGGAGCGGUGUCACUGAGGUGGAUAUUAGGCUUGGAACCUUCUAUUUGAGCUUAACAAGAGCAGAUUCAUGAAGAGGCAGAUGAUCUUGAUGUGCGUGAAGCAGCUCUUAAGGCAAAGGAAACCCAACUGAUUCAACAGGAGCUGAAGGUUGUGAAGGCUGAGAUUGAUACUAUAGUACAAGAGUUUGAGAAGCAAUUAAGAAAUAGCAGCCCAGAUCACUUAAAUAUGCUUUUGAAGAAAUCGGAAUCUGCCAUAACAUCCAUUAUUCAAGCUCAUCAGCCUCCAGGUGAUUUUCCUGUUGAUAGAACUGCCAGUAGUUCCCAUAUGCUUCAGAUUGGAGAGAGAGUCCUUAUAAAGGGUUUAGGGAAUAAGUUGGCUACUGUAGUUGAAGCUCCAUCUGAUGAUAACACAGUCCUUGUUCAAUACGGAAAAAUCAGAGUCCGUUUGAACUUAAACAGUAUUAGUCCACAGGCAGAUGGUAAUGGUGCAACGGUGUCAGCCCCACGAUCAAGAAGAAAGGGUCAAGGGAUGAAGAGACUCAAGAAUCUGAGAAGUCUUUCAGAAACCACGAAAGAUGAUGAGGUUUCCUAUGGCCCGGCAGUACAGACAUCAAAAAACACUCUGGACUUGCGGGGCAUGCGACUCGAGGAAGCUACUCUCCAUGUAAAUAUGGCUAUCAAUGCCAGAGGGUCUAAGUCAGUUCUUUUCAUUAUACACGGAAUGGGCACUGGAGUUUUGAAGGAGCGUGUGCUUGAACUACUAAGAAACCAUCCACGCAUUGCAAAGUUUGAACAGGAAAGCCCAAUGAAUUAUGGUUGUACAGUAGCCUAUAUCAAGUGAACGUGUGAUUGUAUCAGCUAUCAAGAAGGCAGUGAUAUUCUUUGAA